UUUAUUCAAGAAGCACAACUAAAUGCUAAAAAUAGUUAUGAAGUUUUAGAGUGGAUAUCUUAUAAUAGAUUGAAAAAUAUUAGUUAUUAUGAUAAAGGUGGAUUUAGUGAAAUCCAUAAAGCUAUUUGGCUAGAUGGUCCUAUUAAUAGUUGGAAUUUUAAUAAACAACAGUGGAAUAGGCUACCAAAUUAUGAAGUUGUUCUUAAAUGUUUUAAUAAUUCAUCAAAUUUUGAUAGAUUUUUAAGUGAGUGGAAAUAUCAUUAUAAUUGUCAGAAAAAAUCAUUUUCAAAAUUUAUUCAAAUUUUUGGGAUUACUCAAGACCCAAAUAAUUUAAAUUAUAUAAUAGUAAUGAGUUAUGCAAAAAAAGGAAGUUUAAGAAAAUGUUUAUCUGACAUAGCUAAAAUUAAAUGGCAAUACAAAUUACAAUUACUAAAAAAUAUUAUUUUGGGACUUAAGACAAUACAUGAAUCAAAUCUUAUUCAUUGUGACCUUCAUGAUGGUAAUGUUUUAAUAUCAGAUAAUUUUGAAACAUAUAUUAUUGAUCUAGGAUUGUGUAAACUCGUAAAAGACUCAUUACAAAAUGAAAUUGACAAAAUUUAUGGAAUUAUACCGUAUAUAGCACCUGAAGCAUUAAGAAACCAACCUUAUGUUCAAGCAAGUGAUAUCUAUAGCUUCUCAAUGAUAAUGUGGGAAUUUACGUCAGGUGUUCCUCCAUUUAAUAAUAAAGUACAUGAUCAUCAACUCAUUAUAGAUAUUUGUGAAGGAGAACGUCCUGAAAUUAUAAAAAGUACUCCAAAAUGUUAUAUAGAUUUAAUGAAAAAAUGUUGGAAUUCGGACCCUUUUAAAAGACCAACUAUAGGAGAUCUUGAAAAUAUUAUAUCUAAAUGGCUUAUAUGUGUUAAUGAAUAUUAUGAAGUGAAUGAAGAAAAUAGUGAAUAUUCUAUAACUAGUAUUAAUAUGGACCAAAACAGAAAUGUUAUAGAAGAAUUUGUAAAAGCCAAUAAAGCUUUAUUGCAAGAACAAACUGAAACUUCUAUUAUACAAUUUCGUCCACAAGCAUAUUAUACAAACCGUUUAACUACCAAAAUUUUAGAUCAAAACUCUGAUUGCUUGGAUUGUAGUGGCUUACUUAGUUUUGCUAGUGAAAGUUUUGAAGAUUGUAUGAUUUAAAGACAUGUAGUCAUUGAGUAAGUAUAUAAUACUGUAUGUACAAAAAAGUUAAUUUUUUUAUAUAAAGUAAUUUGUUUAAUUAUUUAGAUAUCGGAAAUAGAUAAAAAUUAUUUUAUUAAAUUUACGAAUUUUAAAACUUUACAACACUAUUCUACUAUGUUAUAUGUGAUACUAUACAUUUAACAGAAGUUAUUUUUGAUUUUUUUUUUUUUCAAGAAUUAUUUAAACACUAAGACUAGAGUAGUAAAAUAUUUUACAAUUUUCUUAGUUUGUAAUUUAAAUAAUUCUUUUUUUUUUUUAUGAUUUAUCCAAUAUGUAUUCUUUCUUUUUUUUAGGAUUAUUUAAACACUAAGACUAGAGUAGUAAAAGUUUACAGGUUUCUUAGUUUGUAAUUUAAAUAAUUCUUUUUUUUUUUUUAUGACUUAUCUAAUAUUAAAUAAAUCUGAUUUUAUUACAUUAUAAUCAAUAACUGCUGUAUAG